AUGUUCUCGAUUCCUUUUGGACUUAAAGAUGUCAUCCUCCUCUUCCAAUCCGUCAAUUUCAUUUAUAUAUUUUAUUUGUACACCAUCUAUUAUCAUGCAUUCACUGAGCAUCAAGGCUCCAUUGGUGUCAGCUUAUUAGCAGGGAUUGUGUUCUGUUUAGCCUUUGUCAAGUGUAAUAUGUCAUGUUAUAUGGAAAGCAAGCAAUUUAUUCUCCGGAAAUAUUUAAUUAUUGGCUAUGGAGUAAUGACGGUGAGCGGUGUGAUGGCUCAGUUGUGCACUAUGUGGACGUUUCAGAAAGAUAUCAGUAUCCUCCUCUUCAUCACCUUCUCCUGCAGCAUCGUCUCCUUCACCUCCAUCAUACUUUUCAUCCGCCCAUACUACAAAGACUACAAAAUGAAUCCGAAAAAUGUCUGGCAUAUGGUAUUGGUGUUAUUUGUGACACUAAUUAUUUAUCUGUUGUUCACAGCAACUUUAUUGGAUAUUGUUAGGCUUAGUGUCAGCUAUGAAAAUAUCAGAAGUAUUAUAAUUAUCUCUGGAAUUUUAUCAUUCCUCUGCACCGUCGAGUUUGCCAUGGUUUUCUUUAAUUGGGUAAUUAACCAGGAUGGUGUUAAAUUUCCAAACUUCUGGCUGACCAACUGGCUGGUCUCGAAAAAAAUAAAUGGGUGCUGCUGGAAGAAAUCGUCGGUAUCAACUACACCACAAGUUUAUGUCAUAGAGGAAAGACCACCAAGGAGAGUUGUGAGAAAAUGUAGAAACGACCACGGAGUCAUAUGCAACAUGUGCUCUCUUUACUACAACUUCACUACAGUAACCCCGCGGACGCUGGAAUGCGGACAUACCGUAUGCGAGGGGUGUCUUGCCAAGCAAAUGAUUGUUCAGGAGAAGUGGGUGGUAUGCCCGUUUUGCUUCCAGUGGGUCAAGGUGUUGGGUGUCUUGGAGAAUACUGUAUAA